CACAAAGAUAUAGCACUCCAAAAGAAAAAGAAGACUGCUUCCAGUUUUUAUAUGAGAGCUGCUGUCACUGCAAUAGCAAGUCAUAGGAGGUUGUUGCUGCCAGUGUUACAAUCGUUCCAGACAUCAAUUACAACUAACAGAAACAGAACCAUUGUCAGAAACAUCAUGUCUGAAAUGGAUCCAACCUCUUUCGCUAGACCAAGAUUGGUGACCAAAAAGGUUCUUGCCAAGCAUCAACGUGAAGGGGACGGUGCUAUUGUCAGGAGAUGCAUUGGAAGGAGUGAAUUGAAGUCUUUGGAUCCUUUUCUUAUGAUGGAUGAUUUUUCAGUGUCUCCACCUGCUGGAUUUCCUGAUCAUCCUCACAGAGGUUUUGAAACUGUUACAUACAUGACACAGGGGGGUAUCACCCAUCAAGACUUUGCUGGGCAUAAGGGUACAAUUCACACUGGUGAUGUACAGUGGAUGACAGCCGGAAAGGGUAUAAUCCACUCUGAAAUGCCUGCUGGAGAAGGUGUCCAUAAGGGUUUGCAGCUUUGGAUCAAUCUGUCUUCUCAAGACAAAAUGAUUGAACCGAGGUAUCAGGAGCUUUUGAGUGAGGACAUUCCAAGUGCAGAGCAAGAUGGGGCAGAAGUCAGAGUUAUAGCUGGGGAAUCAAUGGGAGUUCGAUCUCCAGUAUACACCAGAACCCCAACAAUGUACCUAGAUUUUAGUUUGAGGCCAAGAGCUCAAGUUCAUCAACACGUCCCAGAAUCAUGGAAUGCCUUUGCAUACAUACUUGAAGGUGAAGGAGUCUUUGGCUACCAAAACAAAACACCCAUAUCAGCUAACCAUGUACUUGUUUUGGGUCCUGGAGAUGGUGUGAGUGUGUGGAACAAGUCCUCAAAGCCAUUGAGAUUUGUGCUCAUUGCUGGGCAGCCACUCAAUGAGCCAGUGGUUCAGUAUGGGCCUUUUGUGAUGAACACACAGGCUGAGAUUGAUCAAACUAUUGAAGACUAUCACUAUAGCAAAAAUGGUUUUGAAAUGGCUAAGCACUGGAGAUCUCAUUGAUUGGGGUUGAAAAGGGCUUUACCAACAAUGACAGCAUUAAAGAAAUUGUAAAAGCUAGAGGGGGGAAGAAAGUUAAAAAUAAAAGGGCACCAUCAUUUCUCUAUCUCCAUCACUCACUAUCUCCAUCCGCAAGAGAGCAGUUAGAUAGGAGCUGAAAAGGAAAGAUUUCCGACUCAUUGGAACAAAAAGCAUCUAGAAGUUCAAAGUGCAGCUGGAGGAGAGUAUGUAUAGUUUAUCACUUAAGUCAUCAUGAUGAUUUGAUGGGGUCAGCUUAUCUUGGUUAAGUUUUUCUCUUUUUUUCAUAACCUUUUUUCUGUUGGGAGAUUUAAUUUAAGAAUUUUGUUUUAUAUGUAUUAUUUUUCUGACCCUUUUGGUUUAUUUCUUAUGGCUUCUUUUUUUAACCUGU